GGUGUUGGUUACGAUUUAUAUGAUUGGAUUGUGUACAGCUGUUUUAGGGUCCGUACAAAAACAGCUUGUUACAAAUGACGCAUCAGCUACAUCAGCUAGUAUUCAAUGCGGGCCUAAUGAAAUACCAACAACCAAUAAGAUAAUAUGUCCACCACAAACAUGUGAGAGUAUAUAUACACUAUACUCGUGUAUUGAAACACCACCGGUGGCUGGGUGUGAUUGUGUAGACAAUUAUUUAAGGAAUUCCAGUGGUAUCUGUAUACCUAGUGAUCAAUGUCCAUCGCCAUCUGAACUCUUGCAUUGUGGUCCAAACGAAGUACCUACCACCGAUAGAAUUGUAUGUCCACCGCAGACUUGCGACAGUAUUUAUAAGUCGUUCCAAUGCGAGGUAAAACCGCCUGAGCCUGGCUGUGACUGCCUUCAAAACUAUCUGAGGAAUGCAACUGGAGUAUGUAUCCCGAGUGACGAAUGUCCAUCGACUCCAGUAUCAUCUCCAAAAUGUGGACUUAACGAAGUAGCUACUGAUAAUGCGAUAAUAUGCCCACCUCAGACUUGUGAAAGCCUCUACACAAUGUAUGACUGCUUGCCAAAUCUUCCUGUACCAGGAUGCAACUGUAUUGACGGUUAUUUCAGAAACGCUAGCGGAAUAUGCGUUCCUACAGACGAAUGUCCACCUCGUGUUUAUGAUAUAAAAUGUGGACCCAACGAGAUAAAGAAAGACAAAAAAACUGAGUGUCCUCCUCAGACUUGCGAGAGUUUAUAUACUAUAAACUUUUGUUUACCUCAAGACCCAGAACCUGGAUGCGAUUGCAUUGAAGGUUACCUUAGAAAUGACUUUGGAACAUGUAUACCGAGUAGUGAAUGUCCCACGUAUGAUAAUGAUUUUGGCUAUAGUGAUGAAAGUGAAGAAUCUGAUUAUGAUACGAAUUCCGUGUCAUCAACAACUAGUCAGUCAUCGUCAUCAUCGUCAUCAACCAGUCAAACUUGGUUUUUACUUUAUACAUUCAUUUUAUAUCAGCUCACCAUGUGGGUUCUAUUAUUGUUGAGUAUUUUAGCCUCUGUUGAGGUGGACGCGGGGAGACCUAAACCUCCGGUCUGCACACCAAAACCAGUAAAGCCUAAGUGUGGUCCAAAUGAAGUACCAAGUAAUUGCAAGAUAGUUUGCCCACCACAAAGCUGUGAGAGCAUUUAUACUACGUACAUGUGUGAAAAACUACCUUGUGAGAAAGGCUGCAAUUGCAUUAAUGGUUAUCUUAGAAAUGCUAAUGGCACUUGCAUUCCAAACGAGCAAUGUUUUUCAGAUCCGGAUCCUGUUUGUGGUCCAAAUGAGGAACCAAGUGAUUGUAAAAUAGUUUGCCCACCACAAUCCUGCGCAAGUAUUUACUCUUCAUACCUAUGUGAUAAAGAUCGUCCGUGUGAAAAAGGUUGUAAUUGCAUCAAUGGUUACCUUAGGAAUUCAGAAGGCACAUGUAUACCGAGUGAACAAUGUUCUAUAGGAUCCACUACUCCUGAAUGUGGUACAAAUGAAGUAUACAGUGAUUGCAAGAUAGUAUGUCCACCGCAGUCUUGUGAGAGCAUCUAUACAGACUAUUUGUGUCUUAAUGGAGGUUGUGAGCCAGGCUGCAACUGUAUUGAUACCUAUUUACGAGAUACUAACGGGACAUGCAUACCCAGUGACCAGUGUCCAACACAUAACUGGAAUGGUUGUAGUGUUAAUGAAACCUAUGUAGACUGUGCAUUUCGAUGUCCUAAUCAAUACUGCCCAGAAGAUGACAGUCGUUUACAGGUCGCUUGUAAACCUGGCCGGCCCUGUCCACCUGGUUGUGCUUGUAACCCCGGCUAUAGAAGAAAGAGCACUGAUGACGAGAGUUGUAUUUUAGCUUCAGACUGCCCCCCAGUGUCAUGUACUAGACCUAACGAAGUAUGGGCUCCGUGUGCAUCGGAUUGCCUCAAUGAGAAAUGCGAGGAUAUUGACAAUCCACCCCCAUGUGAACCAACGCCAGACAAUUGUCAACCUCAAUGCGUGUGCAAGAAAAACUCUUGUAGAAACGAUAAAGAUAUUUGCGUACCUUCUGGCAAAUGUAUAGUUCCAAAACCACCGAUAUAUGAUAGAUGUACUGCAACUUGCGCUGUACCAAAUCCAUCUAAUUGUUCAUCAGGUCCAGUCAAUAAAUGUGAAUCUGGAUAUAUACUAUCAAAGCAAGGAGGAAAAUGCAUUAAAUUAGAAGAUUGUCCACAGAACCUGGGCUGUAACGGUGAUCCAAAUGCUGUUAUUAAGACAUGUCCUUCGCCCUGCCCAUCAACAUGUGAACAACCAAAUUCAUUGCCAUGCAAGAGACUAUGUUUAGCCUUUGGAUGUCAAUGUGCACCAGGUUACAUUCUUUCUGAAAUUGACGGAAAGUGCAUUCUACCUGAGAAAUGCAAAUGUGGCAAUCCAUGCGGAGAAAACGAGAGAUUCGUAAGUUGUUACUCUGGUUGUCCAACGGAUUAUUGUCCAGUGGACGACAGCCGUGCCAUAGUUAUAUGUGAAUCGUUUCCCUUCUCACCUUGUCAGUCUGGCUGCGUAUGCAAUUUGAACCACAAGAAGUUAAGCCGUGAAGAUGAUCGAUGCAUUGUGUCUUCCGAUUGUCCUCCUGUAAACUGCACAAGACCUAAUGAAGAAUGGAGCCCAUGCCCUUCAGAUUGUUCGGGCGAGUACUGCGACAGUGCAUAUGAAGAACCAGUUGUAUGUAACACUCUGGUAUUGAAUUGUCAACCUCGUUGCACAUGCAUUAAAAAUCACUUUAGGAAUGCAACAGAUAUUUGUAUUCCUGCGCAUGAAUGUCCCAAGAAAGAAACUUCACCGGCAUCUAGCAACAUACAGAAUUAAUUACAUUUCAAUUGUCUAUUUUUAUAUAUCUACUAUAAAUUCAUCAAAUUUUAGUUCGUACAUUAUACUUGUACGACAAUUAAACAAUUUUGG